UCCACUGCGCAACCGUUACCAGGAAGUGACGUCGCGUUGCUACUAGCAGCGUUUGUUUUUGAGCACUGACGUUUUCGCGUUGGAUCUGACGGUUUUUGUGUUUGUUGAAGCGAAAUGUGUUCGUCUUCCCAGAUGUAGGACGUCCGACCGGUAUACAACUCCCUUCGACCGGGAAGACGCUGCUUCGGGUUUGUAGCUAAAGAAAGUUGUCACUGCCCGGGUUCUGUGUGUUGGGAAGGGCUGUCAUGUUCAACCCUGGUGAACUAGAAGGUGAAGUGGAUCACUCCUUUUUUGACAGUGAUUGUGACGAUGGCAGAAAUGUUGGACAGAAAGCAAUUGAGAAGGACUUGAAGACGGAAAAGUACAGUCCAAGGGUACCUGCUAAACAUUCGGAUCAUCUCGCUGUUGAUCUGUCCCCAGGGACUGAAAGGACAAGGAGACACUUAAAGCAAGUGGAAAACAACAAGAGAGGCCAAACAAGUGAGGUGUCAUCUGUUUUUUUUAGAUCAAAUGAAGCCAUACACAAAACCAAAGAGGACUCAAAUCUGCAAUCUAAAAGACCCAAUGGGGCGUUUUUGGCUUUGUUGGCCACCAUGCCCGAGGUAGGGGAUAACCAGAGACCAAACGAAACCGGAAACAGCGCCUCAGCAUUCACUGCCAACUCAAAAAAGAAGAAUGAACUAUCUUUUGGAAAACCGGUCAAAAAUCCUCCUCCCUCUUCAAAUGAGGCCAGCACAGACGCAGAUUCGGAGAGUUCUUGCAGCAGUCAGAGGUGUAAUUUAAGCUCCUCCAACCUUCCCAAACCCACCAAGACAUCAAUACGUCGUAAAGCCAGAGGGACCAGAAGAGGCUCAGCUGAAUCCCAGGAUUUACCUAACAUAAGUACAGAUGAGUCAGAUGGCUCAGUGACAGAUGUGAGUCCCCUCUCCUCGCCUGGUUCUAGUUCACUCCAGUCAUUAAGUUCAGAGGCUGAGAAAGAAGGCCAUGAAGUGCAACAGGAGCAGGAAAGUGUGCCCUCCAGUGGUUUCAGCAACAUGCUUCAAGAGGAGGAUUCAAAUCCAGAUGUGGAUGAAUGCUCGUUCAGACUGGAAAGUCAGCUUGAACAUAAACUGGCGCUCCAUUGUCCUAGAGGGACGAACAGGAAGAACUACUCAUUUUCCAAUGACGACGUGCGACGCAUAGAUCGAGAGAACCAACGACUUCUUCGGGAGCUGUCACGUCUUUCUCCAGGGCCCAGAUCGGAAAAAGUGGCAAGCAAGAAAACCAAUGUGUCCAAUAACUCUCCUGUGAUUCACCUCUCACAUAGUAAGCUAAACAGGCAGCGGGAACAGCGCCGCAUCGAGCGGGAGAACCUGGCUUUCCUAAAGAGACUGGAGUCCGUCAAACCCACACCUGGGCUGAGUCGCUCCAAACAACUGGCAGAUCACCAGCGCCAGGCCGGAUAUCUGAGUGUUCCCUCCUAUAGGAGCUCUAGCGAUAUUUUGGGUACAGCCGAGCAGAGACUGAGUAUUCAUUCGACGCCCUCAGUUAAGUGCAUCGUUUUAAGAAGAGUUUGCCUCUUAUAUGAUUAACAAGUCCCAGGCCUGUCGGCUCCAGAGCACCUCUCACCAACACCGACUCCAGCAGCACGCCUGUUCCCGGGUUAAGCAAACUGGGUGCAAGCCGUCCAACCUGGUGUUAACAACACUGCUAAUGAAGAGCAUCUUGUUUCCUUUAAAGCGUAUGACUGCCACUUUUGAUGUUGGUUCAUUUAUACGGUGCAAAGCUUAGAACAUAUUUAUGUUAUCUUUUAUUUUAACAAAUGAUUUACUAAAGCUGCUGUACUGUGUUUCCGCUCUCUGCAGUUUAUGCUUUGAUAUCAAAGCCGUUUGUAAAUCACUACAUUUUGUUUAACCUUAAAUACAACCGCAAUCCUUUGCAGUAGAUGAUUGCAAAAUAUUUGCUUUAAAAUGUUAGUUGUUGAACUUAAAAAAUAUACAAAUGGCAAAGUUUUGGAUUUUGCAUGUACCGUUUACGCAUGUACACGAUUUGUGAUCUAAGUCAUCGUUUUAAACAAAUAAACUCAGCCUGUAUUGUU